AUGACUCUGCACCUGAACACAGAAGAUGGACCGAUGCUGGAUCUCGAGGAUCUCUUAUCUGAUGUCCUACCUAACGCCGAAGAGACAGUCUACGCAGUCGUCGAGGUGCACGAGAAGCAGCCCAGUUCGACACUUCCGUUACGACUAGCUACGUCCGACAGAACAGCAAACACUCUACGCGUUCGUGUCAUCACUCCGGAGUUGGCCCAGUCCAAUACUGAAGCUAUACUCCCAAUAUCGACGCACGUGCCGACCACCUGCACUCUGCAGCAACUGAAAGGCCUCGUUCAAGAACACUUGGGUUUCCCUACUGAGGAUGGCGACUGCCCUGAGCUAGAGUGCAACUGUAGCCUGGCUCGACAAAUCGACGACAAUGCCAUUCUCAACGUCAACGGAUCUGGGGACCACGACGCUCUCCAUACGGUCAUUCUCGUCCACUCAAACAACAUUGUGACCGCCAUCCCUGUCGGUGACAUCACCCUUUAUGCCAUCCAGCAAGCAACGAAGGAAUACAUGGAGCAUACGCAGAACCGAAGUCUGGCCAACAAGUAUGUGAACGUCGUCAACGGCAUUGAGGAUACUAGCAUCCGGACCUCGGGAGACAAGAAAUUCCUCAAAGCUCCGGUCAUGGCCAUCUGCUCGAAGCAAUGCCAUUCCCAUCGUCAAGGUCGAGAGGAAGAUUCCGAAGAUUCCAAAGAUGACGAAGACCCUGCAGCCCAUCGAGAUCUAGUCGUCGACGUACACACAUCAGAGUGUCCAAUCGAGAUCACCGCACAUAACGCCAAUAUCACGAUUGAGGCGGCCGGAUUAGAAGAUUGCGCCGUCAAUGGUGUACUCGACAUCUACGCCGUACAACGAUGGACAAUGGGCCGCAAUGAGCGCGUCGAUCAAGGCAAAGCUGGCAUCUUCAAGGAGUCGGAAGCAUGGAAGCAUCAUGUUGGCCAGACUGACCGUGGAAUAGCCAGCAUGCUGUCUACAUUGCGCGUGUUCACUGAGCUCACCGCAAAUGGAAGCAUGGAGGACGAUCGACGAGACGCCGUGCUUCAUAUGGUCCAUCUCCUGACACAAUUCCCCCCCGCUAUCCGAGCUGCACAUAUCCUAAUGCGCGGCGAGACUCCUGGACUUCCGGAACGUGCUGCGCUGGCACAAUGUCUUUACGAGAUCUUGAAGAAUGUUGUCCCGCUGCAAACCAUCCGCUCCGAUCCAAAGCGGUUUUUUGAAGGAUCUCGUCUGCUAUUCGGUCUGAUAUUGGAGAAAGCCAAACAAAUGAAAAUCACUACUGAGGACGCCGGGCUACCGUAUAUUGGCAUGAAGGUUUACGACCUACGAAACUUGACCACGAUGCAGCCCGUACUGUCACAGCCGGUGCAGACAACAUCCGGCCUUGUCGAUGCGGGGUUCCACGAGGCUUUUGUCGAGCAAGGACUUCUGUGUUGGACGGAUGGCGACAGCUCGAAGCGAACCUCGACAGUCGACCAAACCUGGGACCGCAUUGCUAAAGUCUCUGGUGGUAUCAAGACCCAAGUCUUGGUGUUCAAUUCCGACGUCGUCAGGUCUAGCUCUCGCUAUGCGGACGAUGGUGACAUCAACAAGAUCAUUUCGCCUGCGGAGUACGUUGAUCUCACAUAUCUGGCCAAUCUCUGCAGCCGAAACCAACUGAGCGUCACACCGCCCGCCAAUCUAGCCUCUGCCUCUGCUCCUGUCUUGACUCUAGACAGAAAUGGCCUUCUUGCGGUAUACGUGGGUCGUGCCGGUUGUGCUGAGGCAGGGAGAGACAUUCUCCUGUUUCGACCAGGUUGUGCCGAAGAAGAAGAAGCCGUGGACGUUUCGAUCAUUACUCAGUUGCUAGAACCGAUUCUCAUCCAACGGAAGGCUGACGGGACCAUCGUCUUCGAGGCAUAUGGCGAUAAUCAUCGCAUGAUGACGGCACCGGACGAAGUGACUAUAAUCUGCGUCGACUUGAGCGCAAGCAUGAAAGACCGCUGUGGUUUCGACGACGUGCAAACAAGCGAGGAUGCCGACAUCGUGAUCCGGCGAGCGACACCGAUCACAGCAGCCGCUUCUCAAAUGCCACCAGUGGAGAACGAUGCUUUCGAGUUACCCGAUGUCGAUGCACUGAAAGAGUACAUGAAGUCUCACGAAUCGUACACGGACUUUCUGGCCAUCAUUGCCACGGGUAAGGAUGACUACCACCGCCGUCAAAACGCUGAGAAGGUGCUCGAGAUCCUCAAGCAAUUGGACGAUCAGCAAUUAGAAACGAAACGGACACAACUGGAAACUUUCAGGCAGCAAGCCAGUCAAUGGUAUUAUCGAACCGAAUUCGAAAUCACCGAUCGCGAGAUUAACGUUCUCAACAAUCGCUCCCUACGCUUGCAAAAGUAUAAGAGCCUGCUUUGUGCAUGGCUGAUUGUCUGCCUUGGUAAUGCGUCAGCGUCAGACCCCUUGAUGUGGAGGCCGGGCGGAGUCAUACCGAAGCUGUACAAGUCUCUUCCUCCAACAGACAGCCCCACAUUUGAAGUGCCGCGCGACUUUUCCUGUCCUAUCAGCAACGACGUGAUGCAAGACCCUGUGACUACCGUGGAUGGGUUCACAUACGAGAGGAAAGAGAUCGAAAGAUGGCUUCGGACCAACGAACGAUCGCCGUGCACGAAUUUGAUCCUUCCUAGCAAUGACCUACGACCCAACGUGCAGAAAAAAGAGCAAAUCGAUGCAUAUCUAAACGGUAAAGACAUCUUCGAAAAGUAUGCACAAUCGAGAAACAGAACAAGAGCCUCUUCGCGCACCACCCGCAUCGCCUUCAGAUCACCAAUUGAGACGCGCUCAAUGGAUGUCCCCCACAACCUGAAGGCGGUAGACCUAUGGGAACUUGCCUUCCGUUUGACCAAAGGCCGCUACACGAGCUAUGAGCUACAACAUCGAAAUGCUCGAGUUCAAGCUACCCAAGAACCUAUUACGGACAUGAUCAACACAGCUCAUGAGGUGUUCAUCACGCCUCUAGAACCGACGGUAUCAAACAAGAGCAGCGAUAUCCAAGAGCUGUGUCUCGUCAAGGUCUACCAUCACAGCGACUAUAAGAACAGCGUGGUGUCUUACUGGUUACCCAAACAGACAACAAACUCUAUAGCAUCCACGGUGUUCAAAUACUAUCGUCAGAGAUUCAUGAACCGCUCAUCAUGCCCUGUGGGGCCGCCUUUCUUCUUCUGGACGAACUUACAGAACACUGGAGACGGUCACCACACUGGUAGCACAGAGGAUCACUGGGAGCCGAUAUCACAGUUCUUCAACAACGACAGCUGUACCGGUAGAUUGGAGGAAGAGGAAAUGAUAGACGACUUCCUCAAUGACGAUAAUUCAGACGAUACUGGUCAUGAAGACACAGCACGGGGUAAUUACCCUUUGGUUUUCAAGAUAGGUCUGGGACGGCAGCCAGGCAACCGUAAAUCCAGGUACCGCAACACACUGAGCCGCUUGGACGUUUUGAAACAGAUGUUCGAUGCAUACGUAAAUCGUCUGCUCGCAUACAACUUCCGGACACAUCUCGGUUUGGUUACUUUCAGCACCAAAUCCUCUGUUACACAGAAGAUCACCCACGCCGUUGAAAACUUUCGUCACAAACUCAACAACACAGCAGCUGCGGGCGAUACGGCCAUUUGGGACAGCAUUGCUCUCGCACAGGAUCAGCUGCAGGAGUACGCCAAGCAAUACUCAAAUGCGAAGCUGAGAAUCAUAUGCAUCUCCGACGGGGAGGACAACCGAUCCACAAACAAGGCUCAUAGCCUACCGACACGACUACUGCGCGAUGGCAUCGUAGUCGACUCUUUCUGCUUGGGUGCCGGUGUCAACAAUGCCGAUCUCAAGAGAAUUUCGUUCCUGACUGGCGGAUACGUCUUCCAACCAAAGACUCUAGAAGAAGCUAUGGCGAUCUGUGAGAUGGAACCCGUACUUUCCUUGUCAGAGCGCCCAGAUAGAUCCCACAAAGGUUCUAUCUUCCGUCGCGCUUAUCUCGCGGCCCCCGAUAUCUCCAACUUCCGUGUCGCUGACCUCAUGGGUAAGGUUGAGCAGGUCAGCCGCGACGAAUUUCCGGAUCGCAAGCAGCAUCCACAGCUCGUAGAGUCGUUCGUGGAGCUGGGCCUCUUUAACCGAAGUUCGUCCGUCAGUCGCACCGACAGCAGUGUGCGUCUGAGCAGGAUACAUAACGAGAUUCGUAACUCAGGCGCCAAGCCGCACCCGCACUACGACGUCUUUAUCUGCGAAUCGAACAUGGGGCUCUGGAAGAUUGUCAUGCAAGGCCCACCCGAUAGUACUUACUCCGGUGGUACUUUCCUCCUUUACUUGGAGAUGGGCGACAAAUACCCGAUGUCACCACCCGAAGCACGCUUCAUCACGCCCAUCUACCAUCCGAAUAUCAACCGUCAUGGACGCAUCUGCCAUUCGAUUCUAGACCGCAACUGGACACUAGACACUUCUACCAAAGACGUGAUCGAUACAAUCUACUCGCUUCUGCUCGUGCCGGAGUUCAGCGACCCCAUCAACACCGUCGUCACUCUCAAUUAUCACUGGGACGAGGUGCAGUUCAAAGAGGAGGCGCAGCGCCACAUCGAGAAGCAUGCAAGCAAGAGCAGGGCAACUUGGCGUAGCGAAAUUGUGGGCUAG